AUGCUUAAUCUGCUGACAGUUUCGGAAGACGUCGUGGAGGAAGUUGCCCUGGAAGGCCUCGAUGGCUCCACGCUCCCCAAUCUAUGGAGCCGCAUGCAGCAGCGAUACGAUGUUGAACAAGGCGGCUGUGAGCUCGACGAUCAGCUCAAAGAGUUCAUCUGGGGCAAGGUCCUGCGUGAUAAGCGACUUCAGUUUUAUCGUUUGCCCGAACCGCGUCCCGAUAGUGUGAUUUUCGAUCGUAUGUCUCCGGAAUACAUGGACGAGAUGGGGGUCCUCACACAGGCAAACUACGCCCCCCGAGUUGAUCCGUACCCGUUCGGGCCCGUCAAAAACAACGGAAGCGUCAUGGGCAGCUGCGCGACCUUCGAUACGCGAGUCGACGUGACAGAAUCGGUCCGGGGCGAUCCGAACUUACAGAAUCUCGAGCAGGCCGAAGAGUUUCUCGGCUGGGACCAUGUCAUCGUCGCCAACCAGGCGACUCGAUCGAGGACGCUGUGUGGCCCCGCUGUGAAAUCGGACGAAAUAUCUUCGAUGAGGGGUGUCAUGUACUGCCUCCUUGAGCGGGUCGGACGCUCUCGAUACAACGGCGAAAUAACUCCAGGACCUAACGGUCUUAUGAAGGUAUUCCGAGAGAGCCCGGGAACUAUAUUCUAUUACAAGAAAAAACUGGUCACCUACGGAUUCGUCGUCGCCCAAAGCUGUCGAAUCAACCUCCCCGGGAAGCAGCAGACCGGGAACCUCUUGCAUCUGCGGCGGUUCUUCCGGCGUAUAGAAUCUCCGCAAGAUAAAGCCGUCCGCGAUGCCGCCGAAUACUUAUUGCAAAAACCCAAUCAUUGGGAGCAAAUUUCGGUCAUGAAGGCGGAUUUGCCUUCGAUUCACGGUUACAUCUUCAAGCGCAUCAUCCGAGGAUCUCACAAGAACAUAUUCGAAAUCAAAACCAUCUCUUGGAGGGAGUACAAGCCGGACGCAACCCCAGUGGAUUACAUAACGAAAGCUCAAAGCGUCCGUCUGGCAAGAGUCAUCCAGUUGAACAGGAGAGCAUUCGACGAGUAUCUAGCGGCCCAGGAAGCGGAAGUAAAACUCGAAGAGGGUGGAGUCGAUGAAGACGACGAUCUCAAAGACGAAAUCGAGGGACCCGAAGAGCACGCCACGUUGUUCUCACAGAUAAAUCGAAUCUACGACGGUAGCCGUACGGCGUUCAAUUACACCGCGAUCCAAAGCGGAUAUCGGGCGAUCGAAAGAUCCGGUGCGGCGGGCAUGACCAUGGCGCAACUGGCUUCACAUCUCGCUUUGCCCCGUCGCUUCGUUCGUAACAUCAUCAAGACGCUUUGCAAGGAAAACUCAAUAAGUUCGCAUUGCGUCGCCAUCGGUAGACAACAAGUGACAAUCUACGUGAGCAAAGUCUACGCCGACGUGACGACUCGGGUGAACCAUUCGGCGCUCCAACGAAUCGAACCCCCAGCGAUCACAGCCGGCGAGGGAUCCACGGUCGCCCAGACGAACUCGACCGACAUCAAGAAGACUUUCGCAACCCAGAGAACCCUGAGCCGGGCCGUGCGUAUCGUGGAGCUCACCCGAGAGCUGAAGGUCAUCCCGCAACCUUACAGACUUCUGAAAAUCCUCCGACGCGAAGAGCAGGAAGCCGGACUCAAAGACAAGUUGUGCAAGCACAGCUUGGAGAGGAUCCUCCAGAAAUUAGACGAGACCGGCUACAUAAACACAGUCGUUUGCAAACUCGACACGAGCAAAGGCGAGCGCGAGCUGCUCAUGAUCUGCGCUUCGGACGUCGGCGACGACCACGAGCUCGUCCAGGGCUGCAUCCAGAUGUGGCACCUGAACGAGAAGACGAAGCCGCUAAAUCCGCCGAGGACCCGCGAGGCUCUAACGUGUGCGCCCGACGACGGACCGCCGAAGAGCUAUCCCACACCGAAUCCCGCCAUGGCGAAGAAAUACGGCUACAAGCCGAAAUUCAAACGAGCCAAGCUCAUGUACGAAUUCCUGCACUACCUGCUCUACAGCUACGACGGGACGGUUCCGAGCCGCGGGUCCCUGGUGAGCAUCGACGCUAUCGUGAGCUACCACGACGAGGUGUCGUGGAAAAAGUUCAUUCCUCCGCUGGCAGCCGAACGCUCUCCAGGAUGGUGUAUCUUGGGCGAUGCGUGGCUACUGUGCCCUCUGUCGCUCUUCAUUCAACUCUCCAGUGUCAUGUUCGAAGUACCUGGCAUCGAAGAGUACUUGGGCGAUCCCGUGAAACAACAUUAUCUCCUGAGGUACCUCCCGGACGAGAUGCGCGACCUCUUGCUCUUCAACAGACGCUGGCUCUAUCAAUUGCACGAGCAAGCGAUCACUCUGAGUCACAUGGGUCUGGGGCGUUUCGGACCACAGAAACACAAAGAGAAAGAUCAGGUGUGGUUCUUCCUGAACAGGAAAAUCACCGUCGUCGACACGACCGGACGGACGGGAUUCCUGAAGACGGGCCUCGACGAGAAAGACUUCCUGCUCGAGUCGUUCUUCCUGCGAAGCGAGCAGGACAUUUUCGCCUUCUGGACCCGGGUCGAGGAAAUCUGCAUGAGCACACCGUUGGGAAUGUACAGCAAACUCGCGUCGCAGACGUACGUCGCCUACGCUUCCGGUCAGAAACCCGAGCUCGUCGAGGCUGCGCGACGCUAUGAUCUCGACAGCGCUGGCUUGGACGAUGGAGGUCUCCCGCCCGGAGACCAUCAGGGGGCUUGCGGCUUCGACUCGGGACUGCACGCGCAUCGGAGAGCCAACUGGUCGGCUGUGCGUCAAUCGCACAAAAAACUCAAAGAAAGCCUCGAGACAGUGACGGCGCUCAAAGUCAUCGAGCAACAGUUCCGAGUAAAGGUCAAAAAGAACGAGCAUGUCAAGGGUCCGCUUCCGUCGCGAGCGCUCGCAAUCCCGGAAAGCGUGCCGAUUGCGAAUAAUCCUCCCGUGAAAAAACGGAAAGAAUUCAUUAUCAGGAACAAGCGCGUGUACAAGCGGGAGGGACGGAAAGCCGUCAAGCUCGACGAACGUGAUGUCGAAGCUCUGAAGAACAUGAAGAAUCUCAAACGAGUGAAAUGGCGCGCCGAACACGACUAUAUCCUACUCCUGGUGAAAACUCUGAGCUCGGUAGUCUAUCCCGACCAUGGAAGGCUCGUCGUUCCGGCAUCCCAGCUCCGAGACUUGCUUCUGUCCAUCUUUCCCGAAAGCUGUCACGACAAAACGAGGCACGCGAGCGUUCGCCGGCUCCGACAACUGCUCAAGUAUCCAGAGAAGAACGCGGUGGCUCGAGCGAUGCGUUUCAAUAUCAUGCGCGAGCCAGAGAUAAUGAGGCGGAUCGAAGAAAUCCAGGACAGCGUCAACGCACAGGUCAAGCACAAGUUAUUCCUCGAUCUGAUCGAGGUCGCUCGCAAGUCCUUGUCUCGACAGGGAGUGAAGUGUUCCUCGAAAGUCGACCUCAAGCAGGUGGAUUCUUUCGAGGUCGACGAGCUCCAGGAGUCGAGGACCGCGUUCAGAUACAGAGAGCCGUUGAAUGUCGUCGACGUGCAUCAGGCGACCGUGGCCACGAUCCUUAUCGCGAGUUUCGCCUUGGAUGGCAAGACGAACUGGUCGUAUCUUCUCUACACGAUCUACGAGAGGUAUCCCGAUCCGCUCCUCCGAGUCGUUCUCAAAGGCCUCACCGACAGUCAGAUGAUCGCGAGGAAAAAAAGCAAGAACUACAAAACGUGCGAUCGCAUUCUGCACCUCCCGGGUCUGCCAUAUAGUCUCAGCUUCAAAUGGUACUUCAUGAUGAAACUUCGGUACCAUGACGAAGUGCUCAAUCCGAUGAGUCAGCAGAUGCAGAAAAUUCAGCGUGACCGCACCGUGGACAUAGCCGACGACAAUCCGACGCCGGCGCUCAUGAUCCUGUUCGCUCAUCUUUCCUUGCACGGGCUCGCGGAGGUUUCCUACGAGUUUCGCGAGAGCCCCAUAGAGUUCGUUUUCCGUAAGGGAUCCGGGAGAGUGAAUCCGAAGAACACCGUGAACAGUAGCAGGAGCAGCGUUCUGGCUGCGCGGGAGCGGAUGAUGGACUAUAUGGAGAACAUUCGCUACGACGAGGAAAUGCGACUGAAUCCUCUGCCGAUAAAAUGCGCACUCAAGGAAGAGACCGACCUCAGUUUCGGUUGCUAUCACCACAAGGUGAAGGGCGGCGAUAUCCUCAGGAACGACUUGCACGGGGAGAUAAUCAAGAGGUUGAAGUCCUACUACGAUCCUUCGUUGAGUGAAUUAGACGCCGAAGCCGUUAUCGAGAAAGAGUUCAAAUCUUCGAAAAAGAUCGGUGCCGGCGAUUUGGAGUUCGCGAUGAAAACCUACCGACUGGUCCUCGCGUCUAAAGAAGUGGGUCUCAGUCUACAGCAGCUAUGGAUUAUCCAGUCGGGAAAAUUCAGUUAUUUAGAGGAGAUCACCAACAUUCUCUGUGAUCUGAAAGUAUUGUUGCCUAUCGGCGUGAACCAGAAGAGAUUCGUUGCGUUCGCCUAUUCCAAUCCGUGGCUCAUAAAAAGUUAUCGAAUACCGAAGGAAAUGCGCAAGAGAGUGUCUACCGCAAUGGACGAUAUGAGACCUAGGAAGCGUAUUCGAUGCUCGAACAAGAGCAGCACGACGGAAGAUGCGCCUCCGGUGGAAGAACGACCCCAGGCUAGCACGGAAGUCAACCAUCGGCAGCGGAGACGACAGAUGAAAUGCAUCUCGGCUCAGCUCGAGAACUGCAAACCUCUUUUGUUUGUGCCGCGGAUGUGGAAGUGUCCGGACGGCAGCCUGAACGUCAACAUAUUCACGAAGAUGCUCCUCGCUAUUUUCUCGUUCAUCUGUGAUCAUCCAGGUAUAACCGAAGCCGAUCUCCAGGAUAGAUUCUGCUCUGUCGUCGAGCCAAGCAUUCAAGUCAUCGACCUCGUUGACAUUCUGCUGAAGCUGGGCUGUAUCCGACGGUCAUUCCUUGAAAUGCCAGGACCCGAGAGCGUAGACUUAUUCAGCGAUCCGGUCAUCGGACAGAGCAUUUUGGACGAUUCCGAGUCAACUGACGAUAUCAAGUUCUACGAGCCGACCGAAGAUGGCAUGCUGCGGAUCAACAGCUUCUUCACAACCAGUCUCCAGCAAAGAAGUGAUCUUUCUGGUUGACG